AUGCUGAGACGAAAGAAUAAUCGAUCAGUGCCACAUCUUUUUCCGAGUCGAUCAUUAAUAACUGAAAAUCAUUAUCGCCGAUAUUCUUAUGAUCUGAUUACUCGAUACCGUGACGAUGAAUUAACGAAUUCGAAACCGGUUUCAAACAGAAACUCGUCUCAGACGUCAUCCGUGCCGAAGUUUUCCUAUAAAACAAUGUGUGCACCGUGUAUCGUACCCGAAUAUGUUCGCACUGCUAAGAGAAGAAGUGAAGAGAUUGACAUUGAAUUGCUUUACACAUACGAUCCGUGUCAUAUCGAGCUUGAACAUUUUACUGAAGAACAAAUCCAAGAAUUUCGACAAGCUUUUCUCCUGUACGAUAAAGAUUCCGACGGUGCGAUUAAUCCCAAAGUACUUGGAAACGUUAUGAGAACUCUUGGGCAAAAUCCUACAGAAGACGAACUUAAAGGAUUAAUUAAUGAGUUUGAUUGCGACGGCAAAGGUUUGAUCGACUUCGAUGAAUUCCUUCAGAUGAUGGCUAAACGGGCGAAAGAACAUAAUGAAGAAGACGAAUUAAUAGAAGCGUUUCGUGUAUUUGAUAAAAAUGGCCAUGGUUAUAUAAAAGUUGCUGAAUUGAAACAUAUCAUGACCAAUUUAGGUGAGCAGUUUUCAAAUGAUGAAGUUGAUGAAAUUCUAAAUGAAAUCGAUACUACUGGCAACGGAAUAAUCCGAUAUGAAGGUACGAAUAUCGAUGAAAAUCAACGCACUCUCAUUCUUUCGUUUUACUAG